CCUAGUCUUAAAGCCCCAGCGCGCGUUCGAAUAUAUCCACCAUCCUCUGCCUCAGAUGGUUGUCCUAGCAGCUGCAGUAGUCACCAAAGGCGGCAAAGCCGUCAUUUCUCGCCAGUUUCGGGAGAUGCAGCGUUCUCGAAUCGAAGGGCUGCUUGCCUCAUUCCCAAAACUGACAAUAGCCGGGCAGCAACAUACCACCGUUGAAACUGAGCAUGUCCGCUACGUAUAUCAACCUCUUGAUGAAUUGUUCAUGGUUUUGAUUACAAAUCGCCAGUCCAACAUCCUGCAAGAUAUUGAAUCACUUCAUCUGUUUGCUCGUGUCGUCGCCGACACUUGCAGAUCCUGCGACGAGAGAGAGAUCCUGAGAAAUGCUUUCGAACUCCUUAGCGCAUUUGAUGAAAUCAUUUCCGAAGGAUACAGAGAGAAUGUCAACCUUAGUCAAGUCAAGAGCAUUAUUGAAAUGGAAAGUCACGAAGAGAAGAUUCAAGAAAUCAUUGCAAGAAACAAAGAACAAGAAGCCAAGGAAGAGCUCAAGCGAAAGGCAAAGCAAUUGGAAAUGCAAAGACGGGAAGCUGCCAAGCGAGGACAAAUGUACAUGCAAGGCAAUUACAGCGGCGGUUUUUCUGGCAACAGAGCUUCACCUUCGUUGGAGCCAACUGUGCAGGCCGCUACAGAACAAAGAUCAACCUAUAACAGCUCACCUGCACCUGCAGCUUCAAGAGCUAAGGGCAUGAAACUCGGUCACAAAGGAAAGUCUGCCGAUAUAUUCGAAGCUAUCAAAUCUGAAGUGGAAGAACCUUUGCUUAGAUCACCUGCUGUUACCCUAGCACCCAUUUCUACGCAUCCACAAGAAAGUGUCCACGUCACAGCUGAGGAGAGAAUGCGCCUUGUUGCUAACCGAGACGGUGGUCUCGAGCAGUUGGAAGUCAAGGGUGUUUUGGUUUUGAAGAUUAGCAAUCCUGACGAUGGCAAAGUCCGUAUCUUGGUGAAUGCUGAAGAGGACAGCUCAAUUCAAUUCAAGACCCAUCCCAAGGUCGAUAAAACUCUAUUCAAAAAUGAAAAUGUUGUUCAGAUGGGUGACCCUAGUCGAUCCUUCCCCAUCAACCAACCCCUUGAGGUUGUGAGAUGGCGAUACAUAACACAAGAUGAGACCAGCAUUCCUCUAUCCAUAAAUUGCUGGCCAUCUCCUGCUGGCGACGGUACCUGCGAUGUCAAUGUGGAAUAUGAGUUAAUGGCUGACCAUUUGGAGCUCAAGGACGUUAUUGUCAGCAUUCCUUUGCCAUCUUCGUCACAACCUAAUGUCAACCAAGUAGACGGCGAAUACAGCUAUGAUCCACAGCGUCGUACUCUCGACUGGCAGAUUGCCGUCAUCAACUCCUCUAACAAAGAGGGUGUCCUCGAAUUCAACGUUGCUGGCGAUGAUGUUGAUGCAUUCUUCCCAACCCAAGUAUCAUUUUACAGCGAGAAACUACUUUGCAAUGUUGAUGUUUUGGAUGUACAAUCCGUAGAGACUGGCGAACCUACACAGUUUUCAAAAGAAAUAUUAUUGUUGGCAGAAGAUUACAGCGUUGUAUAGAAGUGCCGUGAAUAAUACUAUAGUUCUAACAUCUGCCCACAAGUAUACAAUUAAAAAAUUUAAAAUCAUUGAUAAAGCGGUACUCUUGGUAUUCAACA